GGGGGAACGACAGAAGUGUCCUUCGAGCAUUGCCAGACCCUCGUUCAGUGAUCAGGCACUUGUCUCGGGAGGGAUCUGAGUCUGAGACUCCUCCUGUCCAGUCACUUGGAACGUGCAAGACAACACUGGUUGGCUCUUAAUAGCAGGAUAGAUAGAAGUGGACCCGAGUUGCAAUUUACUCCUCGCUCCAGUUCUACUCACAGCCUUUUUUUUUUAUCAAACAGAAGUUGCAGUGGCAUGGACCCGUCGCUAUAGAAUCGGCGCAGCGUCGUUUGUGCAUUUGGUUCCUUUGUGGGGUAGCGAGAGUGAGAGUGAGAGUGAGUGAGUGAUUGAGCGAGAGAGGGAGAGUCGUAUAGCGAGUGUUGUCUCUCGAGUGCAGUGACUGCAUUGUAUUAUUAGCCCCACCCGAACCUCACCAGUGAAUCUGAUUGUGUGUCUCAACUCGGUAAUUCCCGAGUUCCGCGCAGGUGUGUCGAAAUCCAAAGUGUCUUGUUGGCGUUACAUAAUCUUUCGAUUUCGGUCGUCCAAUUCCUUGCAGGUCGGCGAGUGGUUGCUAGUAUGACACUAGCAUUAGCAUUAUGCAAAGUUUGCUAACUGUUUGUGAAGCUCGUUGUUGAAUGUGAUUCUCAUCACGUUCUGGGUACCGGUUUGUAAGGCUUGGAUUGGUAGCGUGUGUCUUGGCUCGGUUCAUUGGAUGGAGAAGGCUACUCCGUUGAUUGCGGAGGUUUUGCGCCGUCUGUGGCAUAUGCAGCGAAACCUGAACUAGUUCAACCACAAAUGGCCGAAAAGGAAAGAUCUACAUAACGUGAAGGCUUUCGAGGCGAUUGUAGAGAGCGAGCUUGGUUUAUUCAGAAAAAUACCUCAAGUCUCUUCACGUUUUUUGGAUCCGGCAUCCGCGUGGUUGCAUCAUUCUUUGUAGAUCUCCCCUUCUCUGAAAGUGAAGAAUUUCUCUUCAGUCCUGUGUGGAGGUCUCGCUCCGUGAGAUUUACAUUGAAACAUUUAGGAUUCUAGCCACCCCCACAAUGGCGGUGGCAGCUCAAGGUCUGUCAUUCUACGACUUCUCCCAAGUGGCGCCCGUGUCCAACCCCACUCUUAUGCUAAACGAGAACGGGACUGUUUCCUAUGGGUCUGCGACGUUGUCUAGUGGCGCCGGGCAAUCUUUGCUCUCUAGCUUCGGAGAAGGAUCCAAUUUCGGCAUCCCUACGUGGCCAGAGUCACUGUACGCCUCCUACAAUACCACUAGCCUCUUCAAUUUGCAAAACUUCUCAACACCUUUUGAGGAUCCGUCCCCUGACCUUUUCUUGGGCAGCGACUCCGAUUUUUUUAACCAGAUCAACGGGAUGCAGUCCAGCCUUGCCAGUACUCCAGCAGUGAUGCACCCCAACUUGGUAAGCACUCUGAAGAGUAUAGUUGCACCGGGUCCAGGCUCACCCCGACAAGACUCCCCACAUUUUUCGUAUCACACAUGCUUUGACCAGCCGACGACGACACAGCAACAGGUGUCCAGAUUCCAACAACAACAAAAUGAUCGUCUGGGAAGCUCACUGUUGUCAUAUGCUUUUAAACCAUCAGAUGUUAAACCCAUCAUUGUCGCGCCGAGGACAGACGAAGCCGACUGUCAAGCUGUCCCACUAGCUUGCUCACAGUCUUUAAAAAUAGAAAAAUCGGAAAGCGAGGACAGCAUUGAGGCGGCAGUAGUGUCCGUGGAUUUGAUUCAAAACCGUCGUCCAUUCCGGUGCCAACACGAAGGGUGCAACAAAACCUUCAAAAAUCCCCAAACCAUGAAGAUGCACCACAAGACGCACUACACCGACGGCUUCGCAGCCAAUAAGUUGGGCGUGCAACCUCUACCAACACUUUGCAACUCCCUCAAGGCAGGGCACAACAAAAAGAUACCGUCUCGAUGCCCGAAAUGCAAGAAAACAUUCGUAGGGCUCUACGAGCUGCGCAGGCAUUUCGGUCGCAAGCAUUCCGAAGGCGAGAAACCCCACGGCUGCCGCAAAUGUGGGAAGAAAUUUUAUGUCGAGGUCGAUGUACGUGACCAUGAGAAACUAUGUGGCGAGCCGAUCGAGUGCAAAUGUGGGCUCAAAUUCGCCUUCAAGUGCAACUUAGUGGCGCACAAGAAAGCGCAUCCUGCCUGCCAGGAUACCCAGACCAGCCCUUCCAUGUCGUCGUCAACCUCCGGAAGCGCUAUAUCCUCCAACAUCAAUAGCAACAACAACCAGUCAUCGUCUUCCUCCAGCGACUCUGACCAGAGCCGCGGAGGCAGCAGCUCCCCCGCUUCUGGCCGUGGAACCAGAAGACCGCGCGAGGAGAGUAUUAGCCCCGUAAACUCGUUUCACAGCACCCCGCUCCCGGAACUCAAAGACAUUCCUGAGGCGCCCCAGUUCAAGUGCGCCCGCUAUGACUUCUCCGGCAACUUUCCCUUCUCCAACGACACCAGCAAUUCAUGGUCAUCUCCCUCCAGCAUCUCUCAGUAUCUGCAAGUGCCCACUUUCUCUCACUUCAACCCCUUGUCUACGGCGUCUCUCUUCCCCACCCAGCAACAAACACCGUCCAGCUUCGCAUUCCAUCUGCCUCAACAAAGUCCAUCUUUCGAUCAGAGCUACGGUACAAUUGCUGGCUUGGAUAUGGGGAUGCCGAGCAACUACAAUUCGUCUUCUUCUUCAUUAGGUUCUUCUCUUCAAGGCAUGGUCCGGCUCACGUGAGGGUUACUGAUCCUUCCUCGUGUCGCGUCCCGAGCAUAAGGCCCGUGCAAAGCCAAUAGUCCAUGUCUCGUGAUUUUCCAAUCGGAAGCAUUUUCCGUGGAGUCUCAUAGACUUUGACCACACUUCCCAUCAUGCGUGGUCAGCGUCUAUGAGAAUUAUGAGCUAACUGUGGAGUCUGAGCACAUUCAGAGGCCAGAGAGUACCAUGCUGCGGCCGCGAGGGGUGUUCGUUUAGCACUAAUCUCGAGGAAACCACAACAGUUGAUAAAGAAAAGAAAAAAAUCCACCGUGUAGGAUAGUUAGCCAGGUGGAGUGAAAAAAUUAUGCUAGGUCUGAGCUGCAUACAAAAAGAAAUAAUGGGUACGUAACAAUCUGCUGUCCCCAAAGACGAUUGAUUCUUUCGAUGGGUAUUCAUGUUACCAUUCAAUAAAUUGCCUCUGGAUGACGAUGUUCUUCCGCCGAUUGGGCUUUUUACUUGUGAA